GUUGUAGCUGUGAACUUUGACCUGUAUUUCUGUGGGUCGGUCGGUCGGUCGGUUGUGUGUGGUGUGUCCUUGGCUAAGCGAGCAGGCGCUUCCAGUCGAAUCGAUUGACAGUUGGGGUUCUUGUCUUUCUGCUGUUCCUCAUUCCACCCCCCAAUUUUCAAUUGAUUGCCAUAAUGUUAGCCGCCCGGUUUCUCCGUCGUUCACUACCUGUUUUGCGCCAGGCCCGCUUUUAUGCCGACGCACCCGCUUCUGCUUCUCAGAUGUCCUUCACGUUUGCAUCCCCAACAAAGGUGUUCUUCAACGCGGCCAGCGUGAAGCAGGUCGACGUGCCGACGCUGACGGGCGCUUUCGGGAUCCUGCCCGCCCACGUCCCCACGCUGCAGGUGCUGAGGCCCGGCGUGGUCACCGUCUUCGGCGAAGACGGCUCCAGCGCCAAAUACUUCGUCAGUAGCGGGUCAGUAGCUGUGAAUGCAGACUCCUCAGUGCAGCUGUUGGCAGAAGAGGCCGUCCCUCUGGACAGCUUGGACCUCACUGCCGCUAAGGCGAACCUGGAGAAGGCCCAGGCUGACCUGCUGGGCACUGCGGACGAGGCGGCCCGUGCGGAGGUUCAGAUCAGCAUCGAGGCUAACGAGGCCAUCGUUAAGGCCCUGGAGUAGAGGCGGAGCCAGCGGCAGAGAGUCGCGGCAGUGUGAGGCUGCACUGAACUCCGUUUCCCCUCCCCUUCAAAUCCCAACACGAAAAACAACUCUGUACAGUGGAUGGACUUGCAAAUAAAUUUAUUUGGAAUAAUCCA